AUGAUUCCCCCAGACGGUCCAGUGCGACCUUCCUCUCCUGUUGUGUCGCUCCAGACUAUCACUCCCUCUUCUCCUUCACCACCAACCUCCUCUCCCUCUUCUCACUACUCACCACAUCGCACGACAGUCUCGAGAAAACCCUUACCGGAUAAUGCUGCUACUCCAGCAGCCUCUUCUUUUCCUUCUGUCUCACACCCUCCCUCUGCUCCGUUAACGCCCUCUUCUGCGCCUCCUGCUGCUCCUCCGCCGCCCCCUCCACCUCCGGGCGAAACGCCGCGCGAAUACCCUCAACUUCAGCCUCCAAUUGCAUUUGCUGAGGAUCCCUCUCUGGCGCUUCCGUCCCCUUCUUCGCUGGCUUCCUCCGCUUCCUCGUUGGUCGAUGAGGACUCCCUUCUUGUGCCAAGGGACCUGGAUCGACUCCCCCAUCGUGGUCCCUCCGCAGAUAAUACUUCCUCCGCACCGGCCACAGAGCACGACGUUGACUACGGUUCACAAUUCUCGAAUGGGAUCCAAUUCCAUAGCCGUCUCGUCAGCGAACCAUUCAUCCCCGUGCUCCCCUCCCCGCCAGCAGGCCAUCACCGCGACCAGCCCGCGAUGGCCUUGCACCCACCUGAAAACAGCCGCCCGCCUCCCCUCCGUAUAGAUUCCGCUGGCGCGCGGAGCUCAUCCGCCAACUCCUUCGACUCUAAACAACAGCCCAAAACCCCCGGGAGAAAAAUUAGCUCCUUCUUUGGCUGGAAGGGUCCCACCUCUCCCGGCGCUGAAUCCUCAAGUACAGAAAUCUCAGACGCGGGCCGGUCCCCGCUAGCUUCGCCCAUGCCGCCGUCUCUCCCCAGCGCAUCCUUCUCCAUCACACCUUCCACCACCGUUCCCCUCGAUAACUCCAAACCCGUCCGCAAUGGUUCCCUCAGCAGUGCCACAAUUCUCGACACCAAGGUCAACGAGCUGGAAAAUGAGUUGCGUGAAAUCAGCUCUGAACUGGCAGGCUCCAUUCGCCGCGAAAUGGAGCUCGAAGACCUCGUCGAGAGACUCCAGUCUGAGAUGCCACUCGACACCACAAAUCGGCGCACAAGUGACUACUUCUCCGACUCCGGGACCAGUUCCACCAUCCGCUAUCCUCAUGAUUCUGGCCGUUCAGAAGAUCUGGAGAAGUUUCGCCGGUCUGCUGAGCAAGAACGCGCACAGCUCAAGGUCGAGCUUUCACAGAAAUGGCAAGAAGAACGGUCAAAACGACUAGCUACCGAAUCGCAUGUCCAGAUCUUAGAAAGCCAGGUUCAGCAGCUUCGCCGUGAAAGAGUUGACCUCUCAGAUUUGUCCUCCCGAAACCGCGAGCUGGAAGGUACACUGGACACCACUCGCCGGAAGCUUGCCGAGGAGCGACAGAUCAAAGACAACUUCGAGGAUCUUCUGACCGCCAUGCGGGUGGAACUGGAGCAACUCCGAAACGAACGAGAUCAUCUCCGCGACGAAGUAAUCCCGCAGAUCUCAGGUGGCACCUACAAGCCCCCAUCGUCCUCAGCUGACCCGUCCGAAAUCGAACGUCUGAUGGGAGAGAUCGAGGCAUUGAAGAUCGAAAACGCUUCGUUGGCUCAGCUCCAAGGCACUCGGUUUGCAUCAAUCGCCGAAGAGGAUGAUGGCCGGCCCACGCGCGGCAGGACCUCGGGCUUGGGUAUCAGCAUGUCGCGCUCGAACUCGCUCGCUCGCAUGCACUCCAAGCCUUCCCGGCCGAGUUCGCUCUCCCGGUCGAAUUCGUUCUCGGCCAAGGAGCGUGACACUCGUGAGAAUUUGGCUGAUCACAUGAAUGACGUCGAAGCGCAGCGCGAUGCCCUUCACCAGACCUUGCGGAACUUGCUUGCGCGCCAAGCCAUCCAGGCCCGGGAAUACGAAAAACGUUCCCGGAUGCUGGAGAUAGAGCUUGCACGCGCACAGGAAGCAGGCUCCCCGCGUAGACUGGGUUACGAACGUGAUGUCCGCAACCUGCGAGAAGAGGUCAACUACCUCCGUCAGCGGGCCGAGGAGGCCCUGGAGCAGAAGUGGCAGUGCGAAAAGGGUCUGGCAGGUCUCAAGAUGGAUCUGGACCGCGCAGAGCAGGAGACUGCUUCAUUGCGCGAGUUGCUCCAGGAGCACGACAUUUCUCUGUCUCAGAACUCGGGAGCAACGGCUGAAGGACGCGACGGGUUUGCCGAAGUCCUCGCGACUACUUCCUCUCUCGAGUCCGCUUAUGAGCAGCUGCAGGCCGACCGUGACCAGGUUGUCGCCCAGUCGCCAGCGGAGGCGACCGGCGAAUUGGCAGAAUCGCUCAACCGCACUGAAGCACUGACGACUCAUGUGCGGAAGCAGCUGGAGUCCAACAGCUCCCUGCGUCGCCGUCUGGCCGAGGCCAUCGGCCAAGGUGAGAAGGAGCAGCAGGUAUCUGCUGCCCGGAUCAACGAGCUGCAAUCGCAGCUCAAGUCGCUGGAGGACAUGCUCCUGACAGCGCAGCAACUGUCCGAGGAAGAGAUGGCCAAGCACGAAGAGGAGAUCCGCCAGUUGCAGGACAGCCACAACGACCAGCUCCAGCGCAUGAAGAACGGAUCGCGCAGCCCUGCGGCCCUUUCCCCGCGACCUCCGCAGUCGCCCUUCUUUGGCACUCGUUCUCCCCGUCUGGACAAGACCACCAGCGGCAAUGGCGUUCCAUUGAUAGAAGUCGUCCAGCCGGAGACAUUAGCCAAGCGGGUCCGGGAGCUCGAACGACUCCUACGCAACGCUGACCUGGAAAUGGAAGAAGUGGUCGGACGGAUGAACCGGGCGCAGAUUGAUGUGGCCGAGUUGCAGUCGGACAGAGACGAGGCCCUCCGUCAAACCCGGAAACUCCAGUCUGAAAUUUUGGCCGAGCGCGAGCUGUUCAAGACUCUUCUGAGUCAGUAA